UAUUCCAUACCUACCCUAGACACUCAGUCAGCACCAGCGUAGGGCAGAAUAAAUUGAUUAGCGUAGGUUACGAUCGUUCAAUAUCGCCGUCUCGUGCGGAUUCUUAGACUCUUUAUAAUACCGUGUCUUUAUUUUUCGACUCGUAUAAUUAGGUCACCGGGGGCCAGAAUGGCAAAGACUAUCAUCAGCAUAAAUUCAAUCAUCUCUUCAACGUGCACAUAGCUGUGCAACUAAUAAUUAUCAUGGACUCGAUGAGCACGCCGGAUAGGCCUUAUAGGCCUCUGGCGCAGUUAAAAGGGGAUACUGGACUGGAGAAGCCAGUCAAUUUUAUCUCGCCCAUCACACCGUCGCUCGAAGUCAGAGAGUAUGCGGCACCAGAGAACGAGUACGAGGAAGACAAGAAGAGAGCUCCUAGCCCCUUCCUAGCCCUCCCCGUAGAGAUCCGUCUCGAGAUCUUCAAGCACCUACUCGUCCUACCACCAGACGCUCCCUCUCCUUCGCAGAAGACAUACUACCAAUAUGGACAACAUCGGACGCCGUGGCCGCUGCACCCAGCAAUCUUGCGCGCAAACCGACAGCUGUACGCCGAGGCGCUGCCUCUCCUAUAUCGGCGCAACACUUUCCUAGCGCACAACACGUUGCUCACAACGCUUCCCCGGCUGCGUCACGCCUACGGCCCCGUGCUCUCAGCGCACCUCGCCGGCCUUAUAACCCGUUUUUACGUGUGCGUGCGGCUGGACGCGGAGCCGGGGUACGACCGCGCGCAGGUGGCGAUGCAACUGAGUAACAAGGAGGAGAUUGUUCUCGAUGCAUGGCAAACCGGUACGUAACCUGAACCUUGUUUCCGCUCUUCUUCCCCUUUAUUCGCUCGCCUCGGGAGUUAAAACGCCUUAUUUCUAUUUAGAAUGUGCAAUGAUGCGCGAGCCUGAGAUUAAGGUAGAGCCC